AUGCAAACCUCCACCACCACCCCACAAGACCCAAAACCAAAACCGGAGCCGAACCCCACCCCCAAAGCGCGCCCCCUCCCCCCCACACACCGCCCCGCAAAGCGCCCACUCCUCCACCCGCCCCAGACACCGCGCACAAUCUACAUCUCCUCCCGCACACCCUUCGUCUCAGCCGUCAAGCGCGCGCAAAGGUUUCUUGACACCAAGAGCACCACCAACAUCACCACCACCAAGGGCAAGGGCAAGGGCGCAGCAGACACAAAGAGCGCAAAGGCGGCAAAGAACGUGGAUGUGACGCUCAAGGCGUCGGGAAAGGCGAUUGACAUGACGCUGCAGGUGGCGCUGUAUUUCCAGAGCCAGAGCGGGUAUGUGGUGCGGAUUAGGACGGGGGUUGUGGGGGUUGUGGAUGAUGUUGGGGAGGGGGAGGGGGAGGGGGAGAGGAUGGAGGGUGUGGAGGAGGAGGAGAUGGAUGAUAUUACGAUGAGGGAGAGGAGGAUUAGUACUAUUGAGAUUGUAAUUAGUGUCAAGGAGGUUGCGAAAACUAACAACUAA